GCCACAACCGUCUCCACGUCUCCACCUACGCCCUUACGCCUUGUGCCGGCAAGCUUCAUAUAGCCCUUAUCGUUUUUAACAUGGCGAUCUCGGAGUAUCAGCACGCGCAGCCAGGGGUACAUCGGAGUGUUCAGAAAGCUCCGAACGUACUAGAAGGCGGGGCAGGUCCCGACAACGCCGGUUCACUCGCCGAUAGGGCGCGCUUCAGAGGCCUUGACGCUUGAUACGCCUUAUGCAUCUUUUCGCUGUCAUAGAUGCACAUUUUGCGCCAAGCUAUGCUACCAAUGAGGUAUGACUGUCCGGAUGCUGCUCUAUAAGGAGCAGCGGAUUUCGUGGUCCACGACCACACAACUUCCUGACGGAUAAGAAAACUUUUGGUCCACGCUACGAGCGCUUGACGCAAUUCUGCUGUAUUUUCCUAUCCAAUCCGAUAAAGAGGAAGACGAGGGCCUUGUUCGAAGAUGGAUCCAAUCGCCAACCCGACUGUCCAGGUGCAGGACGGAAUGACUACGAGCGACGGGAGACCUUAUGCCGAACCGGAUGAGAUUUGGGAUGGGCUGAGGAGGACAGUAUCGAAGAUGACAGGACGAUCGAAAACGGGGAGCGAAGCGAAGCAGUCUAUUCAUCAAGAGAUGGAAAUCCGAUCGCACGGGCGUACACGGUCGCAUAGGACGCAACCCAUCGACGAGCUAGACGAAGAGCCCGGAAUACCUAUCGUAGACGCAGAGGAUGACUUUCCUGAGGGUGGACUGCGUGCAUGGCUCGUUGUCGCAUCAGCGUGUUUGAUGCUGUUCCCUUCCUUUGGCUUCAUGGUUUCCAUCGGCACACUUCAGGACUACUGGGGCCAGCAUCAGCUCUCGUACAUGUCGGCGCGUGAUAUUGGAUGGAUCCCUUCGGUGUUCGUUUACUUGUCCCUUGCGUUGGGCAUCUGGGUGGGACCACUCUUCGACCGUUAUGGGCCACGAUGGAUCGCUCUGACCGGAAGUGUCAUGUUCCUACUGAUGAUCUUCCUACUUGCUGAGUGCGACAAGUUUUGGCAGAUGAUCCUUUGCUGCGGUGUACUGGGAGGAUUCUCCGGCGCCAUGCUGACCACUACGAGUCUUGCGGUAGUUGCGCAUUGGUUCAAAGCGAGACGAGGUCUCACCCAAGGCAUCGCAAUGAUGGGCAGCUCCGCUGGUGGUUUGGCAAUCCCUUUAAUCCUACGCACUACCCUUCCAAAGUAUGGCUACGCAUGGUCGCUCCGGAUACUGGGUUUUGUAUUCCUCUUUUGCUUCAUCGUCGCCAACAUCCUGAUGAAAGCUCGCAUUCCACCAUCCGCUGCUGCAAAGAAGAAGGCAAUAAUCUCACUCUCCAUCUACGGUGAUCUAAGGUUGAGCCUGUUCACAUUGAGUGUUUUCGGUUUUGAGGUCGUUCUCUUUGGUGGGCUGGGCAUUAUGCCUACAUAUGCAUCGAUAAGCACCGACUUUCCGCCGGAUACUGGAUUCUAUCUCAUCGCCGUACUCAAUGGAGUAUCUUGCCUCGGACGACUAUUUCCAGGCUAUGUCGCAGACAAGAUUGGUCGAUUCAAUACCCUGUUCGUCAUGAUUCUUUUCACUUUGCUCUGGAUGUUGGUCCUGUGGUUGCCGUUUGGUACAACAUCGCUUCCAGCACUGUACGCUUUCGCAGCGCUCUUUGGAUUUGGUACGGGUUCGUGGAUGGCUCUUACGCCUGCAUGUGUGGGACAGCUAUGCAGAGCAGAAGAGUUUGGCCGAUACUAUGGAAGCAUGUACUUCAUCGCUUCUCUUGCGACGCUGGUCUGGUAGCUUUCUUCUGUGCAAUCCUCGGGUUGUCGUUGAUUAGCUUCUUGUUC